UUCGCCAAAGGAAAAAAUGGCUGACAGCAGUGGACCGAGUGGAGCUGCCCGCUCAGGAGAAACAUCACAGGUCCUUUCCAGGAUUUUUUCAAAAGGAGGCAAGAGGCAAAAGACAUUUUGCACCAUAUAGGACAAAAGAAUCUGGGAAGAGUUUUUUGUUUUCAGAGUUGCUUGUCAGUGCAUAUCCAAGAUUGGCAAAUAUCUGUGGUGGCUGGAUGCUGCACAAGUCCACAGGUGGGGGUGGACGGCGGAGCUUGGUUGUUAUUCCUCCAGAUCUACAUGGAUACACUGGCCAGCAGCUGAAAGUAGUGAGCGGGAAUGGAAAAUACACAUUGUACAUUUCUCCUUUACAAGAAGAACUUGAUACAAUUCCAUUACCACCUGAAGCAAAGGAGUUUGAGAACAUGCCCAAAGCCCAGUGUACAACCUGCAAGAAAAUGAUUCCUCUUCAAAUUCUUCCAGUACACAUCAAGGAAUGCAAGACAGACCUUGUAGAUUUGUCCUAUUCUGCUGAAGAGGAAAACUGCAACGAAGAACAUGAAGAUGAAUUCCCAGAUUCCAUUUGCAACCAGACAGACAAGACUGCAGAGUGUCCUGUGUGCAACAAUGCAUUUCAAGUUGACAUAAUUGAGAUCCAUGCAGCCAUAUGCGGAUUACGACCUUCAGAUAAUGACGGCCAUGAGUCAAGUGGAUCAGUACCAGUCAGUCAAAUCAGUACCUUUCAAAGUUCUGAGGAAAUCUUGGAAUGGAUCGCUUGUCAAGUUGAUGAAACAAACACAUUUUCCAUCUGUGUGUCGCGAACUGACCUCUUCAGCAGAGGCAUGCAACAGUGGCAACGGCAGAAGAAGACGUCGCCCAAAUGUAGACUUAAGGUCACAUUCUUUGGUGAGGCAGGCAUCGAUACUGGAGCCCUUAGCAGAGAAUUCCUCACAGAAAUGCUGGCAGAGAUCGAAAACAGACUCUUCAUUGAAGGGUCAGAUAAGAAAGGGAAGAAUCCUGUUUAUUGUCUGAACAGUUUGGACUCUAAUUACUUUAGGGGUGCAGGAGAGAUCAUGGCAGCCAGCCUGGCACAAGGCGGACCUUGUCCUAGCUUCAUGCGCGAGUGGUGCGUCAGAUAUCUCUGCUCCGGAGACUCUGACAGCAUACAAGUGUCUGCCAGUGAUGUAACAGAUUUUGAACUGUCACAGCUUAUUGAGAGGAUAAACAGCGCCAGUAAUGACAACAUCAGUGACCUGGUUGACGAUGUUGUGACCUGCGGAUACACUGGAAUCGUGUCUCUGGAAAACAAAGACAGCAUGAUAAGAACUGUUAUACUUCACUCCACCAUGAGAGUCAUCCCAAUGCUCAACCAGCUCAGAAAAGGCCUGCAGCUGUAUGAUCUAUCAAAAAUCAUGAAGACUCAUCAAGACCUCUGCCUACCACUGUUUGUUCCAGGGGAAGAUAAUGAGGCGGAUGCAGGCUUCCUUCUAGAGAGGUGCCGCCCUGUCUUCAGUGAGAUUGGUUCUGCCAAGCACCAAAAAGAAGUAAAAAUCAUUAACUUUCUCCAGGACUACCUUCAGGAGAUUGAGGAUUCUGAACAAGAGGGCCCCAACAACAACGUUACUCCAGAAGGCUUGACUGUAGGACGCAUCAUGCAGUGGAUGACUGGACAACGACAUAAGCCUGUUCUGCCAAGCGAAAAGAAGGACUUUGUCAUAAAUAUGAAAUUCAACCAUGACUGUGAUACGCAACACACUUUUUUGUUUGUUUUCCAACUGUAAGCGCCUGCAGUCGUACUGUCACAUUCCCUUCAGCUCAUCUGAAAACAUAUACUGAAUUCAAAAACAUUUUGACACUAGCCAUAUGCCAUGGGCAAACUUUUGAUCGGGUGUAACCGCUCAGUGUAAAGGAAAACAAGUAACUGCGACAUGUCAGAUCAUAUGUUUUAUUCUGGUCAUUUUUGUGACAGCUUCCUUCCUUUUCUGUAAUCGCCAUGUUGCUCUUUGGAAUACCCACAGUCAUUUUGUUUUAGAAAAGUCCAAUUUAAUUCUGAUGAAUAGAAAUUUCAUCGGAAAGUUCUCAGUAAAAAUGUUUGGGACUCCUAUCUCAUGUUAAAUUGAACAGAUGUCAGAGCAAGUCUUUUUUAACAGGUAGACUGCAAAUGUUUACCUUUAGUUUAUGCUAUUAAAAUCUUUUGCAAGAUCAUGUUAUAUCUCAGGCAUUUCUUGUGUUGCCAUUAGACUUUCAAUACACUGAACCAUUGUUAUGUAAAUGUCUCUGCCAAAUGACUCUGAUGAGGCCAAGGGAUUUAUCAUGGACUGUACAGUUUCCAUAAUAUGCGGAGUCAGAGGGCACUCAAUUUCCUGGACUUGAACUCCAUAUGGUUCCUCGUGCACAGCAUCAAACAUUUCCCAGUCAGUUCCAAAUAGCUCCAUG